AUGGUCAACUCCUGCUGUGGCUCUGUCUGCUCUGAGGAGGGCUGUGGCCAAGGCUGCUGCCAGCCCAGCUGCUGCAGGCCCACCUGUUGCCAGCCCAGCUGCUGUGUGUCCAGCUGCUGCCGCCCCAGCUGCUGCAUUUCUAGCUGCUGCCGCCCCAGCUGCUGCCGCCCCAGCUGCUGUGUGUCCAGUUGCUGCCGGCCCAGCUGCUGUCAGUCUGUAUGUUGCCAGCCUACCUGCUGCAGGCCCACCUGCUGCCGUCCCAGCUGCUGCAGACCCAGCUGCUGCAGACCCACCUGUUGCAUUUCUAGCUGCUGCAGGCCUUCCUGCUGCCGCCCCAGCUGCUGUGUGUCCAGCUGCUGCAGGCCCAGCUGCUGUCAGUCUGUGUGCUGCCAGCCCACCUGCUGCCGCCCCACCUGUUGCAUCUCCAGCUGCUGCCGCCCCAGCUGCUGUGUGUCCAGCUGCUGCAGGCCCCAGUGCUGCAUCUCCAGCUGCUGCCGCCCCACCUGUUGCCACACCACCUGCUGCCGCCCAGCAUGUUCUAGUGGUUCUUGCUGCUGA